AUGUUUCCUAAUUCACCUGAUGCUUUCCAUCAAGUUAGGAUGAUGCAAUCCCUGAUCAAAGCAAGUAAUUUCAAGUUGCAAUCAAUGGAAUUCAAAUGUCAUUCAUAUAAUGUAUGUGAAUACCAAAUGGAAAUGUUACAUCACUUGUUAACAGUUGAAGCUAAAACAUUGCCUAGUCUAUCAUUAAUUGAACAACAACCAGAAAUUAAAUUAGGUAUGAGACCAUUAUUGUUGGACUUUUUAAUGGAAGUUAUCACCAUUCUUAACUUGUCCAGAUCUACAUUCCCAUUGACUGUCAAUUUGAUUGAUCGUUAUUGUUCAACAAGAAUUGUUAAGAAGCAACAUUAUCAGUUGUUGGGAUUAACUAGUCUUUGGAUUAGUUGUAAGAAUUUGGAUUCAAAAUUUAAGGUUCCUACAUUAAAUGAUUUACGAAAAAUCUGUGUCGAUAGUUAUUACAAAGAAUUGUUUGUUGAAAUGGAAAAACACAUAUUAAAAUCAUUAGAAUGGGUCGUCAAUGCUCCUACAUUUGAUGCCUUUAUUGAUUUAUAUUCAAAUUUGUUGAUUUCUAAUAGUAGUAACGUUGAGGUUGCAAACAUUGUCAAGAAGUCAUCUCAUAAAAUAAAAUUGUUUUCCAAUUAUAUUGGUGAAUUGUUCCAGUUUUAUCCAAACAUUUAUUACGAUUAUACAUCGUCACAGAUUGCUUUGAUUGCUAUUUUGAUUACAGUUUUGACAUUGAAAAUUCCUGUUGAUUUAAUUAGUUUGUUGAACUUUUAUAAUGGAUUGGUUAAGACCGAUAUGUUUAAGUCCAAUAUUGAACAAGGUUCCGAUAAUGAGUUUGAAGAAAUUCUUUCAGUUGAGUCUUUCAAAUCAUUAUUUAACAAGAGUUUUUUCAAGAACUUGAUUAAGAUAAUUGAUAAUCCUCCAAGCAGUCUCAAGAUUAAGUAUUUUGCUGACAAUGGUAAAUAUUCGGUAUUGAUGAAGCAAUUGGUUACUACUGCUACCAAUACUUUGAAAUGUAUGUUGGAUCCUGUUCCAACAACACCAAAGGCUAACAGUUUUGUCAAACAGCAACAUCAUCAUCAUCAUAAUCAACAACAACAACAACAACAACAACAACAACAACAACACUAUUGUCCAAGACCACCAAUGAGUAUCAAUACCUCAAUGAUUCCAUUGACACCGGUGUCUAAUAGUACUAGCCCUAAUAGAUUCAGUCCCGAUCAGAUAUUUUCGGAAAAUGAAUCUACACCUGGUAUUGCAUUUGGUACCAUGACGCCUGAUUCCCAAUCAACAUCACCUGGGGAAAAACGAAGUUAUGAAUGCAUUGAUGAGUUAGAGAUUGGCACAUCAACAAUUACUAGUUAUACACUGAAAAAUCAUGAUACAUUGAAAAGAUCGAAAAGUGCUAAUUAUGGUACACUUUUCUAUCUUCAACAAUAA